GUUAAAUGAAUAUCACCGACCGUGCGCGCAGUGCAACUGGAAUAACAUCCUGUUUCGUCACAUUUGUACCAAUUAAAUUCAGUAUCAUGCUGGAGUUCGCUUUAUUGCUAGCUGAUUUAGUUUUAAAAUGUGCUCCCUGCUCAACUUCAUCGCGUUUUCCACCGUGAUUAUUACGCUCGCGUUCUUAACGAUUGCUCCGCUUUAUUUUGUCGUGAAUUUUGAUUCGAAACUGAAUAUUUCUACGUUGGUCGUCACUGAUGCUGUUUGGAAGCCGGUUUUUGGAUCAGAACACUAUUUAAUUUACUCGGCCUACGUUGAGAGCAGGAAAGGGGGAGCGGAAAUUAGACUGAUUGGCACGUCACACAGGGACAAAACUGACCAGAUUUUCUGCAAACUUUGGUUUGAAGAUGAUGGCGUUGGAAGGUUCGAGGUGGUUGAAGCUGAGAAAGAUCUGAUUCAAGAAAACUGGGGCCGCGUAUACUCAGCGAGCUACUUUCUCUGCCCGCUGAAAAACCUGACCACCAUCCCUUCAAGCGUGUCCCUCUACACCACCUUCAGUCAAAACGUCUCUAGUUUUCACAGAAAUAUGGAUAAAUUUCCCAAGAUCAAGGUUCAGAACAGGCUGGAGAGCGAAAGGGUCGUACAAACUGGAGCUCCGAAAUUGGCAGCGUGUGUUGCACCACUUUACAACUACAGCAAUCCCUGGACCCUGAUAGAGUGGAUCGAAGUGAACAGACUUCUAGGCUAUGACCACUUUCACCUAUACGUGUACAGCACUGCGAAAAACGUGAGCUGCGUUUUGAACAAUUACGCCAAACAGGGCUUGGUGACGAUCCUCGACUGGCAUGAAAACCAGGAGGUCCUAAUGCUCGAACGUCACGAACGGAAUAUCAGGAUAAUGAACCUGUUCGCCGCCCUGAACGAGUGUCUCUACAGAGGAAUGUACAAGUUCCGAUACCUCGCCUUCCACGACGUGGACGAGUUCCUGGUGCCCCAGGAAAAUUUAACCCUGACAAAGUUCAUGGAGAAACUGGAGGCCAGGCACAACGACACUGCCGCCUUCAUCUUCAAGAACAGUUUCUACUUCACGCACCGGCCCGAUGACCCCGACUACAAGGGGCCUUUCGACCUGAUUACCCUGAGGAAAACGACACGCAACCAGAACUUCCUAGCGAUGCACGUGCGUUCCAAGUACGUCGUUCGGGCCGACGUGACUGAGCAGGUGGGAAACCACAAUUUGUACCACGCCAUCGGGAAUUUCAAGAUGGAGGCCGAGGUGGACGAGAAAGAAGCGUCCAACCGGCAUUAUCGCUUCUGCGACUUUGACUCUACGUUUUGCAACGCGACCACCGUGCAGGACAGACGCAUGUGGGACUUUCAGCAACAGCUCGUCAAGCGAAUGGAGGAGGUGCAACGAACGAUCGCGGUUGAGUGCCAACUUAAGCCGUUUAAUAGGACAGAAAUGCUUAAAAAAUAACUUCAG